AUGUCCAACGGCCAACCCACGCCUCCGCCUUCCAAUACGCGUGAGCUUAGAAGCUCCAAUCUGCACAAGAUUGCAACACUCUCAACACAAGCAGUGUUCAACGACAUAGAACGGAAGAUCCCCCAGGUCACGGAGUUUACAGAGCUCGUUUACGAGGACAUUCCUCCUGAGGAAGGUGCACUGAUCUGUGAUUCACUUGCAGAUUCGAGUGUGGUUGAGGAAGCCAGCGCAAGAGUUCACUUUAAUUCUUUUACUAAGACGCUCUGGGUCAGAAUAAUGCCUACUGAGUUGCACGAUGUGCAUCAAAGAUGGUGUAAUUAUGCCAGCCGCAAAUGGGAUUCCCAGGGACUACUCAAUCCAACGGAGAGCAAACUCCUUGACAUAGGAACAGGAACUAGGUUCCGUGGGUUCAUAGGACAACGAUACCUUCAUUCAUCAAAGGAACCUGAUGUGUUCAUUCGUCCUGACACCACUCCCAUGCCUCGGAUCGUGAUAGAAAGCGGAUGGAGCGAAUCCUGGCCGCGAUUGCAAGCGGAUAAAAAUCUAUGGCUUAAUGGGACCAAUGACGUCUGCUUGGUUAUGCUACUGAAAUGGUCAAAGUUGACUGGAAAUCGCGCAAGUGGAACGCUCGAACUCUGGCGCCGCAAUGCAGCAGGAGGGCUUAUUAGCUGCCAAAAGAACAUCUUUCCCGUGCCCGUUGCUCCCGGUGCGGACAUGAUCCACAUUACCAAGCUGGACGUGUUCGGUCAACAUAUGGUCGCCGGUCAAAACCCCAAUGCUGUUCUUCCUUUGCAGCUCUCAGACUUACGUGAUUUUGCGCGUGAGCGGAUGGCGUCGAUGGGAUUGACACCCGCUUGA